AUGGCAAGAAACCGCAAUGCUAACCGCAACCAAGAAGAGCUGGAACAACUGGCACUCGAACGGAUGGACAACUUAAUCGAAAGUUUCCAAAAAAAGAAGCCCCCAACUUACAAUGGAACGGGGAAGCCUGAUGAUGCUGAAGAAUGGAUACGCGGGAUUGAAAAAGUCUUCGGGCGCAUGCGCUGCAGUACACAUGAGAAGGUGGUCUGUGCCACCUACCAGCUCGAGGGAGAAGCAGAUCUAUGGUGGGAAUCCGUGCGACGCACCCUCACCAAUGAGGCAUUUGAGGCCAUGACAUGGGAUGAGUUCAAAGAAGCAUACCUCACAAGGUACAUUACACUAAGCUUUCGACACAAAAGAGAAAAUGAAGUUUGGAAACUGCGUCAGGGAAAUUGCUCCGUUGAGGAAUACGAUCGUGCAUUCAAUCAGCUAGCGCGUUAUGCACCAGCCCACGUUAACACAGAUGCCAAAAGGGCAGAACGGUUUAGACAAGGGUUACGCCCUGAGAUAGGUGUGCCCCUGUCCAUACACGAUACGCUCACUUAUGCCCAGGCCUUGAGUAAGGCUUUGAACGCAGAAGCUCAGCUCCCUAAGGAAGAGAGAUGGCAAGAGAAAAGGAAGUGGGAAGGGCCUCAGGGCCAGUCUUCAAAUCAAAAUUCAAAGGAAAAAAAACCUUGGGCUGGAUCCAACCAACCAAACUAUCAGAAGCCCCAAGUACCUAGGCCAACUUGCCCGAAGUGCAAGAACACUUUGGGGAAUGCAGGCAAGGGAUGA